UGUGUUCAGGGCUGAUUCCAAAGUUGAACCUCCGAAACCUGGUGAAAAAUUCUUUGGAAAUUUUCCGUUCCCUUAUAUGAAUGGUUAUCUUCACUUGGGUCAUGCAUUCUCUCUGUCCAAAUUGGAAUUUGCUGCAGCAUAUAAGCGAUUAUGUGGUGCAAAUGUAUUGUUACCUUUUGCUUUUCAUUGUACUGGAAUGCCCAUCAAGGCCUCGGCAGAUAAGCUCAAACGUGAGAUUGAAAAAUUCGGUUUUCCACCAGUGUUUCCGAUUGUUAAUGAGGAGGAUAGUAAUGAUUCAGAACCUAGACCAGGGCAGAAACUGAAGGAAACCAGGGUCCACCGGAUAAAUUUAAGGGUAAGAAAUCAAAAGUAGCGGCAAAGUCUGGUGGUGACAAGUACCAGUGGGAGAUAAUGCGGAGUUAUGGCCUGUCUGAUGAGGAAAUUUCCAAGUUCCAGGACCCAUAUUAUUGGCUGACUUAUUUUCCUCCUUUGGCAGUUGAAGAUUUGAAGGCUUUUGGGUUGGGUUGUGAUUGGAGGCGCACAUUUAUAACUACUGAUAUGAACCGAUUUUUUGAUUCGUUUGUUCGGUGGCAGAUGAGGAAGUUGAAAGCAAUAGGGAAGAUUGUUAAGGACUUGAGAUACACUAUCUAUUCUCCUUUGGAUGGCCAGCCUUGUGCAGAUCAUGAUCGAGCCUCAGGUGAAGGUGUUAUUCCACAGGAGUACACUCUGAUCAAAAUGGAGGUUGUCCCUCCUUUUCCUCUGAAGUUAGGUGUUCUGGAAGCCAAGAAAGUUUAUCUUGCAGCAGCUACAUUGAGGCCAGAAACUAUGUAUGGUCAAACAAAUUCAUGGGUAUUGCCAGAAGGGAAGUAUGGAGCUUUUCAGAUCAACGAGACUGAGGUGUAUAUCUUAACCGAGAGGGCAGCACUAAAUCUUGCAUAUCAGGGGUUAUCACAUGUCCCAGAAAAGCUGACUUGUUUAGUUGAGCUGACUGGUCAGGAUCUGAUUGGUUUGCCUCUGAGAUCUCCUUUGGCAUAUAAUGAGAUUAUAUACUCGCUACCUAUGUUGUCUGUACUCACUGACAAGGGUACUGGGAUUGUUACCAGUGUGCCCAGUGAUUCUCCCGAUGAUUACAUGGCUCUGCAGGAUUUGAAAUCAAAACCAGCUUUCAGGGCCAAGUUCGGUGUAAAGGAUGAGUGGGUCUUGCCCUUUGAUAUCAUACCUAUCAUCAACCACCCUGAUUAUGGAGAUAAGUCUGCUGAGAAGAUUUGCAAAGAGAUGAAGAUCAAGAGUCAGAAUGAGAGGGAUAAGCUUGAUAAGGCCAAGAAAGAAGUUUACAAGGGUGGUUUCUAUCUUGGUACCAUGCUUGUUGGAGAGUAUGCUGGAAUGAAAGUGCAGGAGGCUAAGAGUUUGAUAAAGACUAAGCUUUUAGAGCUUGGGCAAGCGGUUGUUUACUGCGAACCUGAGAAGAAGGUCAUGUCUAGAUCGGGGGACGAGUGUGUUGUGGCUUUGACUGAUCAGUGGUAUAUCACUUAUGGGGAACCCGAUUGGAAGAAGGUUGCAGAGGAAUGCCUGGCCAGCAUGAAUCUCUUCUGUGAUGAGACACGGCAUGGCUUUGAGCACACAUUGAGCUGGCUUAAUCAAUGGGCCUGUUCUCGUAAUUUUGGGCUUGGGACUCGUAUUCCUUGGGAUGAGGAUUUUUUGGUUGAGUCUUUGUCAGAUUCCACUCUUUAUAUGGCAUACUAUACCGUAUGUCAUCUGUUGCAGAAAGGAGAUAUGUAUGGCUCUGACACUUCUUCUGUAAGACCGGAACAGUUGACAGAUGAGGUCUGGGAUUUCUUAUUCUGCGGUGGAUCAUACCCAGAGUCAUCAGAUAUAUCUUCUUCUCUUCUCAAACAGAUGAAACAGGAAUUUGAUUAUUGGUAUCCAUUUGAUCUCCGGGUUUCUGGUAAGGAUCUGAUUCAGAACCAUCUCACAUUUUGCAUCUAUAACCACACAGCCCUCAUGCCCAAACACCAUUGGCCUCGGGGUUUUAGAUGCAAUGGGCACAUAAUGCUCAAUUCUGAGAAGAUGUCCAAGUCAACAGGGAAUUUUAGGACAAUUCGCCAAGCUGUUGAAGAAUUCUCAGCAGACGCCACAAGAUUUUCUCUUGCUGAUGCAGGUGAUGGCAUGGAUGACGCCAACUUUGUUUUUGAGACAGCUAAUGCUGCAAUCCUGCGGCUCACGAAAGAGCUAACCUGGAUGCAGGAGGUCAUUGCUGCAGAGUCAUCUUUAAGAAGUGGUCCUCCUUCGACUUACGCUGAUCAUGUAUUUGCCAAUGAGAUUAACAUUGCAGUCAAGAUGACAGAGAAAAACUACAAUGAGUGUUUGUUUCGGGAGGCUCUCAAGACAGGGUUCUAUGACUUGCAAGCUGCCAGGGAUGAGUAUAGGUUUUCUUGUAGCUCAGGUGGCAUGAACCAUGAUCUGCUGUGGUGGUUUAUGGAUGUUCAAACACGGCUUAUUUCUCCAAUUUGCCCUCAUUAUGCCGAGUAUGUUUGGAAGGAGCUUUUGAAAAAGGAUGGGUAUAUCAUUAAAGCGGGAUGGCCUGAAGCUUCUAUGCCUGAUCUUACCCUUAAAAAAGCUAAUGAAUAUUUGCAAGGCUCGAUUGUCUCAAUGAGGAAGCUUCUCCAAAAGCAGAUCUCUGGUUUAAAGAAAGGCAAUAUAAAUGUGUCAAGUAAUCUAAACAAGCCUAGAGUUGGCCUAAUAUUUGUGAACGAGCAGUAUGAUGGAUGGAAAAAAGAAUGUUUGAACAUACUCCAAAGCAAGUUCAACAGCAAGACCCACACAUUUGCACCGGACCAAGAGAUCCUGGAAGCACUGCAGCAGGGUGAAAUAGGGCGGGAAGGCAAUUUCAAGCAGAUCCAGAAACUCUGUAUGCCUUUCUUGAGGUUCAAGAAAGAUGAAGUGAUUACUGUUGGGGUUCAAGCCUUGGAUUUAAAGUUGCCUUUUGGUGAAAUCGAGGUCCUAGAGGAGAACUCAGAGUUGAUAAAACGACAGCUAGGUCUUGAACAGGUGGAAAUUUUGUCCGUGGCGGAUUCUAAUGCUGUUAUGAAAGCUGGCCCUCAUGCCUCGCUCUUGAAGCAAAACCCGCCCUCCCCGGGGAAUCCUACAGCCAUUUUCUUGAGCGAGUAAACUUUUGAUGAACAACCUACUUUACUUUUUUUGGAGAUAUAGUCUAAAACUUCUUGGUUGCAAGUCAAAUCUAUUUGCCAUUGAUAGUUUCUGUUUCCAAUCACAAGCAGUACUGAAGUGAGCAUUUUAAAUUAUAUAUCAGUGAGAACAUGUUUUCAAUCACAUUAGAUAUAUUGCUUUUCCACGUUCUCAGUUUUUCCCCUGGU